AUGGCCUCCCUGAACCGGACAGUAUGGCGUCUGAACAGGCAGGCAGGUUCAAACGCCCCUCUCCCGUGGUAUCACCCUAGGAGGAGCAUCUCAACGAGCUGGCACGCCCAAACCUCACAAUCCUCCAGCCGCGUGCAGAUCUACACCUCGCACAGCCACAACCCCUACCUCAACCUCUCAGCAGAGCACUUCCUGCUCCAGAACUCACACCCAGAGUCCACAAUCCUCUUCCUGUACACCAAUGACCCGUGCAUCGUCAUCGGCCGCAACCAAAACCCUUGGCUGGAGGUGAACCUCGGCCUUUUAAACAGCUUCACAGCCAGGGCAGGCGACGAUGGCGCCGGCCGGGCCAGAGUCUCCCUUGUGCGCCGGCGCUCAGGCGGUGGCGCCGUCUUCCACGACAGCGGCAACGUCAACUUCAGCGUGAUCUGCCCACCGGCGGCGUUCGACCGGAACAAGCACGCCGAGAUGGUGGUGCGGGCCCUUCGGGGCCUAGGCGUCUCGACGGCGCGCGUGAACGAGCGGCACGACAUCGUGCUCGACCGAAGCCCCGGCCACGGUGGAGGUGGAGGUGGUCCCCCGGCAACAACGUUCAAGAUCUCCGGGUCCGCGUACAAGCUCACGCGCCUGCGGUCACUGCACCACGGCACCUGCCUGCUCAACUCGCCCAAUCUGGCGGACAUCGGGCGCCUGCUGCGGUCGCCGGCCGAGCCGUACGUCAAGGCCCGCGGGGUCGAGAGCGUACGCAGCAGGAUAUGCAACGUCGGGCUGCCGAGCGGCGACUUCAUCGAGGCUGUCAGGCACGAGUUUGAUGCCAUGUAUGGUGCGCCCGAUGUGGAUGUGAGCCUGGGCGCGGGGCUUGACGCCCCUGAUUUCGACCACGAGCAGAUUCAGAAAGGCUACCGGGAACUCACGUCCCGGGACUGGAUAUACAACCAGACGCCGCAGUUCACGUUCUCGACACAUCCGUCAGAGGACGAUCCCAGGGAGAGACCGACUCUUCCGACCGAUGUGCCGAAAGACUUUCGCGCAAUGAUCACCGCACGUCACGGUCAGAUCCAGGAGGCCGACCUAUCCGGUUUCGACGUCGCAUCUCUACAAGGCCAGCAUCUUCACACUGUCACGGACUGGCGCAAGAUCCUGUCACCUGGCGGUACCGCUGCAUCACAAGGAGUUGGCCAAUGGUUCAAUCACCUCUUUGGCAUCGGCGACACGAGGUGA